AUGUCUCUAUUCGACUCGCUGGCCCUUCAGCGACCCCCAGGGCCCUCAACCACCUCAGAGCCUCCAGGAGGGCCCCAAGGCAAUUCGGAAGGAGGAGAGACAGGGGCCCCCUUCCCUGACCCACCAAGUCCUGGGAGGCCCCCAAACCAUGGCCUCCCGUUAGCAACACCAACCCCACCUGCGGUGCACACACACGACAAUGAGAACCUCCAGAAAGAGCAGCAGCAACGGCAACAGCAGCAGCAACAACAACGGCAACCGCAACAGCAGCAACCGCAACAGCAGCAGCAGCAGCUACAUCAGAAGGAACGCCAGUGGGAGGGGGAGUACCGGGAACAGCAGCAGAAUGACGGAACUGAUUCGAAGCAGCCGCAGCAGCAACAGCAACAGCAGCAGCAGACCGGAACUGGUUCUGAGCAACAACAGCAGCAUGGCGGAACUGGAUCUCAGCAGCAGCAGCAUGGCAGGACUGGCUACCAGCAACAGCAGCAGCAGCAGCAGGAUGAAACUGACUCUCAGCAGCAGGAUCUGUACGAGCAGCAGCAACAAGCUCAAGAUGGCCGCAGCCCAAGCGAAGGCAAUAACCAGAAGCAGCAGCAACAAGAAGCAGGGAAGCCUGCACUGCUGCCAUUUAACAGGGAACAGCAGCACGCUUCUUUAGAGCCGCACCAGGACACGGUGCAGCUGCAGCACCAACUGCAGCAGCAAUUGGAGCCAGCAGAACAGCUCCAGAGAGAGGAUCCCGAAGCGGAGCAGGAGGAGUUACUGCAGCCAGCAGCAGAGAAGCAGCAGGGCGAGCUGAGGCAGAUGUGGCAGACAGAGACGACGCCAUCUCCCCCUAAACAUUGUCAGCAGCAGCAGCAGCAGCAGCAGCAGCAGGAACAGCAGCAGCAGCACGAACCGCAACAACACGAGCCUCACCGACACACUCUGCAGCAGCACCAACCGCAGCAGCAGCAGCAGCAACAACCAGAGCAGCACCAGCACCACCAGGACCCAGCUGAUGAGGGACAGGUGCCUGCAGCGGUUCCCCGGGCAGGUCUCGCUGAUGUUGCUGAGACAGAGGAGACAGCGCGUUCCUGGGGGUCUCCUGUCUCUCACUCCACCCUCAGCCGCGAGAUAUCUCUUUCCGAGUCGGACUUCAGCGAACCAGAGACACGACCCCAGACACUGCACCCAGACAAGCAGCAGCAGCAGCAGCAGCAGCAACGGCCGGUGCACGCAGUACCAGAACCCAGGGGCAGCACUGCAGAAGCAGCAGCAGCAGCAGCAGUGCCAGAGGAAGAGACUUCCGUCCUUCACCAGCGUACAUCGCCACUCCAAAGGGAACCCCAGGCUGUCACGACAUCAAGCGGGCCCGAUCCAAAGCAAUUGCUGCAGCGGCAGCGGCAGCAGCGAGACCAGCAGGAGCAGCUGCCCCAACUGCAGCAGCAGCAGGAGCAGCACCGGCCCCAACUGCAGCAGCAGCAGGAGCAGCGGGCGAAGGACCGCAGCCCGUUGGCGGGGCUCUUGAUGCAAACAGCAAACACUGGAGGGACAGCUGAGCCAUGCCAUCCCCUGGACGUUCAGCAGCUGCAACAACAGCAGCAGCGGCAGCAGCACCAGCAGCAGCAGCAAACAGCCUGGCAGGUAGCAGAAGGCCGGGCGUUGCCUCGGCUUGCUGCUGCCUCCCAGGAUCGCGACGCAGCAGGAACGCAUGCAGCAACAGCAGCAGCAGGGAAAAAAACGCCAUCUGCAGCUCCAUUUAUACUGAGAUCUGCAGCAGCAACGCAGCAGAGGUCAUCUAUUCAUCAGAAACAACAACGCCUCCACGCUACCGGCAGCCUGCGGCUUGCGUCGCUGGGCUCAGCGUUGCGGGAGUUGCAGAAGCAUCCAGUGCCCCUCUCAGCAGCUGCAGAAGCAACAACAGCGGGGGCAGCAGCAACAACAACACCAACAGCAGCGCGUGCUACCGCCACAAGGCCUGUUGCCGUUCGUCCCGUAGUAGAGGGAGGGAUGCGGGCUACUGCUGCACCCGCCGACACGCACAAUCCAUCGGGCCUGAUGAUGAACGCAGCAACAGCAGCAGGAGGAGUAGCAGCAGCAUCUGCAGCAAAGCAUAGAUCCCUGGUCCAAGCAACAACGUCAGCAGGUGCUACGGCGAAGAAAGCUCAAACAGGGCAAGCAGAAACAGCCGCAAGAGAAACAGCAGCUGCAGCAGCUGCUGCUGCUGCAGCUGCUGCUGCUGCAAACGCAGCUCCUGAAGCAGCAGCUCGGAAUGGAACAACGAGGAAUUCAGCAGCAGUUGCCACAGCGAGAGCAGCAGCAAGAGGAGCAGCAAGUGCAGCAGCAAAUACAGCAGCAAAUACAGCAGAUGCAGCUUUAAGUGAGCCUAGAGACAAGAAUGAUGCUGCAGUUACACCUUCCGAAGCAGCAGCAGCAGAUAACAGGGGUGCUGCAGCAGCAAGUACACAUGCCCCCAGAAAGAAAUCUUGUGGGGUUGCUGCAUCACGGGUUGCUGUAGCAGCACCAGCUACUGAGUUGCUGCUCAAAAAGACGCAGAAACGAGCGGGGCCGGGGGGACAGACGACAUUGACCCCCACCAAAAAGCAAAACCUCCAGCAGCAGCAGCAGCAGGUGCAACAGCAGCCGCCGCUGCCGCAGCAACACCUGCAGCAGCACCUGCAGCAGCACUCGCAGAGAAAUGUGCAGAGGGCAGCUGGGAUGCCCCGAAACGACAGGCCCUCGAUCCCACCACCCGCAUCCCACAAAAACGCGGCACGAAACAUUACUCUGACAGCAACUAACAGCAGCAGAAGCAGCUGCUAUACUUGCAGCAGCAGCAGCAGCAGUGAUGGAACGGAAGGUUCUCACAGACGCAACAGCAGCGGCAGUCGCAGCAGCAGCCGCAGCAGUAGCAAUAGCAGAAACAACAACCGCGCAACCAACCACAGCAACAAAAGCCGCAAUACCAAGCGCACCGGCAGCCGCAGUAGCCGCAGUAGCCGCAGCAACCGCAGCAGCAGCAGCGGCAGCAGCAGUAGCAGCAGCCGCAACCGCAGCAGCAGCCGCCACCGCAGCAGCAGCCGCAGCAGCCGCAGUAGCCUCAGCAGUUGCAGCAGCUGCAGCAGCGGCAGCAGCCGCAGCAGGAGCAGCAACCGCAGCGGGAACAGCGUGAAACGAAGAAAGACAGUUUCCUCACCUUCUGUUUGUGGCAAGCGUAGAGCAGCAGCAGCUGUUUCCUCCCUGCACCGCAGAAUGCUGGGGAAGCUGCUGAAGAGACAGUCGUUUCCUGCUGCGUCAGGGGAAGCGCAAAACGCAGCCAGCAGAAGGGGCACUGUUCCCUCCGUUUUUGCUGCUGCGAGGCUUGCGGGCGCCCAGGCCCGGUUCUGCGGCACCAAAGCAGCAGCACCUCCUGCAGCUGCUGCUGCAGCUGCAGGCAACACUAUUAAAAAGACGCGAGACGGAGAGACAAAUGCAACAAAUCAGCUGCGUCAACAGCGGCCACCGGGCCAUUCUUUAGGAGGAGUCGAAAAUUCUGCUGCUGCUGCUGCAGGAAAAGCAGUCACGCUGCUGCAGCGGUUUGAGAGCAAUGCUGGCGGCAGCAAACGAAGUACCAGCAGCAGCAGCAACACUAGCAGCAGCAACAGUAGCAGCAGCAGCAGCAGCAGCAGUAGCAAAAGCAAGACACGUGUUUCGUGUAUUCCGGAAGCGCAAGGGGUUUCACCUGCUGCAGCUGCUGCCGCCGGUGUCUCUGCGGGGGAGACGAUGCCUCCCUUGAGAGGCAGCAGCAAGAACAAGCCCAGCAUGCGUUCAGCGCAGCAGCAUCAGCACCAACGACAACAGCAGCAACAGCAGCAGCAGGAGCAGCAGGAGGGCUCGUGUAUACCAUCGGCCGACGCGGCUGGAGAGAUUAUGCAGAGGGGGGAAUCGAACCCGCGCGACAGCCAAGAGGAAACAGUUGAAGAGACAUUCCCUAAGUUGUCCCCGCAGCAGCUGCAGGGGAAGAAGCAUGCAGACGUAGCAGCAGCAGCCAAUGGGGCUGCAUUAGAGAGUUGUGCUGCUGCUGAUGCAGCAUCUGCAGCAAGACAGAACCGUGCUGUCCAGGCUGAGCACUUCGGGAGUUCGCAUCAGCAACAGGUGCAGCAAGGGAACUGUCACCGGAUCGCCCCUAUUGUACAACACGAAGCAGCAGCGGAAGGAGACAGACAGGGAGCCAGCAGCAGAUGCGAUUUGCUCUACUCUGUCUCCCCACAGGUGGAAGAGACACUGCAGGGGAAGAGGGCCCCGCUGCAGCAGCUGCAGCAGCAGCCGCAGCAAGGGCCACCACAGCCUCGAGGCAAAAUGCAUGAGGUUUCUCCGACGCAGCAGCAGAUAGAGCAGCGACACGAGGGCGCGCAGCAACAGCAACAGCUGCUGCAGCAAAAGAUACAACAGCAGCAGCAGCAGCAGCCGAUGAGAAAGCAACGAGAAACCCCUCACCAGUCGCAGCAUCAGCAGCAAGUGCAUCAGCAGAGCUGCCUUACGCCUUCUGAGCAGCAGCAGCCUCCGCAGUGGCAGCAGCAGCAGCAGCAGCCUCCGCGAAGGCUGCAACGAGCCCCGCUGCAGCAGCUGCAGGAGCCGCACGGGCAGCAGGAACAGCAAUCCCAGCAGCUUCACUACCCCGCGCAACACCUUCCCAGGGAGCAUCUGUUGCAGCAGCAGAAGCAGCAUCUGCUGCAACAGAAACAGCAGCAAGGCAAGUUUCUCUAUUUGGGCUCCUGUUCCCUGGAGCUAUCUCCAGCACAAAGAGAAGAGAGACAUGCCCAGUCCCCCUGCAUAUCUAUGGGCUUCGUAAGCUGUUGCGCGUCUCCUGUUUCCGCAAGGGCCCCUGCGGAGAGGCCUAGUUGGUUGCCGCAUCAGCAAAGACCCCCAGCUGCAGCCUCUUUGGCCCCGCAGCUUGCUGCACAGCAGCCUGCAGCAAAGGAAACAGCUAAAGCAACAGCAGCAACAGCGGAUGCAGUAACAACAGCACCCUCAGUGCUAAACGCAGAUAUGCGUUCGAGAGAAGGCCCCCUCAUCUUUCAUAACCCACGAACAGGAGCCGACCCGAUCCAGCUGCAGCACCCUCCGCAGCAACAGCAGCAAUUGUACGAACUGCAGCAGCAGCAGCACCACCAAACAAAGCAGCUCCAUUUGCAGCGAGUGCAGCAGCUGUUUGCCCUUCACUGUCAGCUGCAAGGGCUGUUAAGCCAUGCUGCCGUCGUGCUGCAGCGCCUGCGGGAGGUCUGUUGCAGCAGCCUCGAAGCACUAACUGCACUCGAGGGGACCCCAGUGUGCUGCACUGCAGUCAGGGGGACCUCACCCAGCAGCAGCAACCUACAGCAAUUCGCCGACGCAGCAUCAGCAGCAGCAGCAGGGGACGGACUCGGCAGCGACUGUAGUUUACGCUGGGGACUGCAGCAGCAGGGCGGAGCAGACGGAGACUGCGCGAUGAGUUCCACCCCCAUGUGUUGCACGAAGACUGCGCAAGCAUAUGCAACUGCAACCAACAGGCUGCAGCCGCGGCAACUGCAGCAACAACAGCCCCAGCACCAUUACCAGCAACAACAGCAGCAACAGUUCCUGCCCUGCGAGCCCAUGCUGCACUGCCAGUUUGCUAAAGGACAAUGGAGUGACCCAUCGACUGCUCCUAACAAACAUCAACUGCUGCAGCAGCACCUCAGCCAUCAACCACCACACCACCAACAACACGUCGGCGGCCCUCUGGUGCUCCACCAUAUCGUUCCGCAGCGUCAGCUGGAGGGGCAUCACCCAUUCUCACAUGAAGAGCAGCAGCAGAAGCAGCAGCAACAACGACAACCGCAACAUGGUUCGCAGGAGCACAGGUGUGGGCGAUACCCAGGGCUGUGCUCCCCCCUUCAUUACCCAACAGGGCAGCAGCGGCUGCUGCAGCAGUCACUGCAACAGCCGAUGCCGCAGCCGCUGCAACAGCCGAUGCCGCAGCCGCUGCAGCAGGGCGCGAACCCCGAUCAAUUGGAGCAGCUGCGAAGGGACGGGCAUGUUGUCGGCGAGCAGAUGCAGCAGCAGACGGAGCUGCAGCAGCAGCAAACAGAGCUACCCCUACAGCGGCAGCUGGUGCAGCCCUCCCGUACUUGCAGCGUCAUGCGGCCUUCACAAGACCAACAGCUGCCCUGGCCGGCGCCACAACAGCAGGCACAGCGGCAGCUGCAGCAGCAGCAACAGGAGCAGGCUCAGCAACAGCAUGCGCAUGCAGCUACAGAAGACGCAGCCAACAGCAUCGCCUACCCUGGGGCCUUCUUCUGGGGUCAGAGCCCUCGAGCUGCUCGUUGUCUCCAUUUGCUGCAGCACCCAGGGGAAGCUGCAGAGACAGACACUGGAUACAAAAACACUGGAUACAGCCCGCGUGCUGCUGCUGCUGCUGCUGCUGCGGAAUCGCGCUGCGGGCCAAACACCUCACGAACAACAGCGGGAAGCAGCAGCUGCAGCCACAGCAGCUCCAGCAGCUGCAGCAGCAGCAGCAGUGGGAGCAGCUGGAGUAUCGAAGAGACUGCCUCUGACCCCGUUAAGGGAGGCGCUGCUGCAGCAGAGGGGCCAGAAGCUGCAGGAAGCAGCAUCAGGCCUCUGAGGCAUAGUGGCCGUCCCUCGCAGCCUUCUGAGGAGGAGACAGAUAGCAGCAGGAGACACCUGCAGCCUCCUGAAGAGGAGACAGCUGACAGGAGACAGUGCUAUCUCGAUACCAAGUACCGCCUGCCGCUCAGGCCCAGGUGGUGGUACACCCCUUUGGGCCUCUCAUCAGGAGACAACUCCACACAGUGA